CGUAGUUACCCGGUCUCUAUAUCUCGUUUCUCGCCAGUCUAGUGAGAGGAGGAAACGAAGGUGCAUAUUGGCCGGAGUUUCUGCCUGCCUCGUGGUGAUCGGUCGAUGCACGGGUGCUUCGUUCAUUUUCAAAUUACGCACGUUUAAAUCGAGAAUUAUUUCAUUGCGGAAAUCGAGAGAAUCGUGCGGGAUUUUUUUUUUUUUUUAACGGAAUAACACUCGAACAGCUGGGCUGAAUAUCUGACGAGUAUUACGUACGUGUAUAAUAAUGGAUCUCGUUACGUUCCGAUUGAUUUUGCGGUACGGUUUCUACCGUGGACCUGCAGCGAAAUGUCAUCAGCAUCAUUGCGAGUUCAACUAGUGAAGUGGACGGUACCAGCGUUCGCCCUGAUCCUUGGCCUCUUGUGGUACAAACGACGAAGAGCCGACAGAGCUGACCCAGGCGGAGAUCGCGUAUUAAAAGCAGGAUCCGGAAGUUCGAAAACGCCGGAUCACAACCUGAACGACUCCGGUUACCAAUUCGAGGAGUCCUUCACCUCACGGGGCUCAACGGGCGUGGGUUCGAAGCCCGAAGUCGUCGCCGCGUGCAGUCCGCGGCGGGUGAGCGAGAGUUUGGCAAUUCCGCAGCGGAAAUCCGCAGCAACGCCGAGAACUUCCGCGGCGAGCAGCGGUCCGGACGCCUGGUACAAGGACGUUGAAAUGACCAUCGAUGUCGAUCAAUUUUACCCACGGGGUUCGGAACCGCUUUCGGUACGCGAGUCGCUACCAAGACACCUGCAACAACAGCAGCAGCUGCAGGAACAGGAAGAGAAGCUGUCGUAUACCGCCAUAAAACCAAAGCGGUCCAAGUCGCCGUAUGAAACCGCUAAGAAAACUGUCAGGAAUCAACUGUCCAAGAUGCUAGAUCGAUCCGAAGAGAACGAGGUGAAAACCGAGAAUGUCAUAGACGAGAUUAAGAUGCAAGAGAAGGCGGCUUCCGAAAGGGAUUCGGCUAAUCAUAGUCCAGUUUCUGGUGUUCUCGACGGCAGCGUCAGCGACGAGGCUAGAAGCGAGGGCAGCAGCGACAGUGGAAAAGGAGGAAGUAUAAACGGAAACAGCCCUGCAGUGUACGAGUUUGUCCUGCCGCAGAGUUUGAUAGGCCGUCUGAUAGGCCGUCACGGGGUAUUUUUGCAGAGUAUAAAAGCAAAGGCGCAGGUCAACAUGCUGAUAAAGCGUCAUCCCGAAACCAACAAGUGUAAGGUAUGCGCGAUCGAGGGAUCCCAGAAGGGUAUCCGCACGGCGUUGGAUAUGAUAAGGCAGAAAUUCCCUGAGAACAAAUAUCCCAGCGUGACGCUGGAGCAAGUGUCGUUCCUUAAAAAAUCAGAGGAAAUGCAGUGGGUGCCUGAAGUAAUGCAGCUCAAGCUGGUCGAGGGUCUGAACAACGAUGUGACGGUUAUUCGCGUCGUGGAACCCAAUCACCUCUUCCUCCACCAGCCGACUCAUCCCUCUUAUCCUUCCCUACGCAUUUUAGAUCAGAAUAUGACACAGCUUUACAACACAGUCGCAGACGCUCCACCAGUUCCCGAUCAACUCGACAAGGGUAUGAUAUUCGUCGGUAAGUGGUGCAACAAGUGGGUUAGAGUUUAUAUCCACAAGCCGGACCCGGACGGAGAAAAGAACAUAGUACGCCUUAUAGACCACGGUGGAUUUUGGGUGUUGAAAAAUUCUGAGAUGAGGAAAAUCAGGUACGACUACCUCACCCUACCCUUCCAGGCCAUCGAAGUGUACUUGGCCAACAUCCAACCCAAAAAUGGUACGUGGGUUCCAGAAGCGUACGACCUAGUUCAACAAAUAACUCAAGGCGUCGUGGUCCAGGCACAAAUACAAAGCUACGUGGAUCGCGACACGCACAUAAACCUCUAUCUAAACAUACAAAAACAUGGGGUAAUAUCUCUGGCUGACGAAUUGGUGGCGCGUGGAUACGCGGAUCGAGUUCAGCUAGAGGAGGCAUAUUGAAGAAACAUAGGCACGAGAAUGAAGUAUAUUACCUCCACGAAAGAAAUAACGCCAACAACUGAACAUCGUCGUGUGGAGCGAUAAUACAAGUGUAUGUGAUAGUGGAAGAUGGUUUAAAUGAGUGCACGGACGCUGUCUGCGAGGACCAAACUUCCGUUGUUGUGUAUGUUCCGUUUUCUCUCUGUCUGUUGUUUUUUUUUUUUUUUUUUUCACCCCCUCCCCCCUCCAUUUUGUUUUAUAGUACGUAUUACAUUAUAUAACUGUUUGAAAGUCCUGCGUCAAUGAUGAAUGUUUGUCUGUCUGUUGAAUCGCGCGUUAUACGUUGAGCGAAAUUAAUGUCGGUUUCUAAAUAAUUUACAUCUGCGUGUGCCAAUCGAGUCGCUUUUUUCUUUUGAUAUUUUCGUACCCUGAUAACGCGUAAACGAAAUCUUAUCACACCUCCUGCUCUCCGUACUGCAGGUAAUUAUCAACGAUUUAACGUAAAAUGAUUGAUAUCAAUAUUCUUCUUGGUACAGAGAAAACGAGAAAUGGAUAUAAUAUGUAUAGAUUUUCUUUUAUCUCUUCAGUGCAUGAUUUAUCCUGUAUUAUACACUGUAUUUUUUAGCGGUGUCAACAUUCUCUCGAAAAUAAUUGAUCAAUUAUUGUACACAUUUGUGUUUCUCAAGUUCGUUCGCAGUUUUCGUCAUAAUUCGCGAUUCCUGAUACGGUUACAGAUUAUUAUCAUUAUUACUAUCAUCAUGUAUUCAAGUCACAAUCUUACCACUCUAUUUUCAUAACUGCACAACACGAGUUAGAUAGUAUUUAUUGUUAUCUUGUCUUUGCUUAUUGUAUAGAUUCGAAAGAGUACAAAAUACGGAUUAAACGUGACGAAAAUUUUGAACGAUGUUGAGAUUAUUUUUAAACAUUUCGAAUCGUGAGACUUGCCGGAAGAAGAUUGGGGGUGGUAAUAGGAUGAAAAAGCAAAAAGUGAAUUCAGUAAAAAAUUUAAAUUAAAAUUAAUUUUAGCAUGCUAAAUCGAUGGAAAAAGUUUGAUACAUUUUCUGCUAGAAGUCUACCAUGAGUUGUGAAAUACAUUUUUCAGCAAUAACAUAUUUGGACAAUGUUAUUUUUUGUUUAUUGGUAUUUUUCUUUUUUUUUCGUUCUUUCUUUUUAUUGUUUCUCUUUGCGUAACUCGAGAUUGCUUUGGACCGAUUAUAAAAUUCUUUCCCUUUCUUUGUACAUACUGUAUAAGAUCUCUCUGAUAUAAAUUUACGUAUUUAUGAUGAUGUACCUAAUGUUUAAUUAUAACAUUUGAUGAUUAAUAUUGAUAAUGCUCUAGCUGUAGCGCUCUGUAGACUUUAGAUAUAUCGUUAAAACGUCGAUGACAAAGAUAGGCGAGUUGAUAAAUAUAGUAUAAUGGGAAAAAAUAUAUAAAAACAGCAACAAUCGUAACACUGUAAUAACGUGUUUCGUACAGAAGCAAAAUUUGAAAGGUAGAAAAGAAAAUUAAAUUCGCGGUAAAAAAAAAAAAAAGAAGAAAGAAAAAGAUGUUUCGGUAAAAGAGGCUAGAGUGACUCUGGAAAAUCGCGCUAACUUCUUGUGCAUUGCAACAAUAUAUUUUUCGGUUAAUUUAGCGGUUGAAAUAAUAUACAGUUGAAUGGAAACAAACAUUAAACUUAUAUAUAACAUACAUAAAAAUAAUAAUAAUUAAUACGGUAUAAGAAUUGAUUUUUUUUAUUUUUUUUUUUUGAGAAAACAUGAACCACUGCAAACGAACAAAAAAAAGUUUUAUAAAAGAAAAAUCAAGCGAAAUUAUUUCAAGAGACCAUACAGAGCUGGGGAGUAAUCUUUCGUCUCAUGCCAGUCAGACAAAGAGCGAUUAAAAAAGGGGUAAAAAUAUGGCCGUACGUUUGAAUAUAAUGUAAAUUCUUUGAAAUUGCUAGAUGUUUCAUUUAUGUUUUGUUCGCGAUUUCUUGCAAGUCGUAAACGCAAUCGGUUGUGUAAUGUUCUUUGAUAAGUAAACGAUUAGUUUAAUAUAAUAAUUUUGAUUUUCGUGUUAUAAUUCAAACUUGUGUUCGCGGCGCCGCGUUUUUCUAUAUCGAUACAUUGCUUAAAUACAUUAAAAAUAUAUUUGACUCGUAAUUUUGAUAUGUAAUAUGUUAACGUAAACCCGGGUUUGCGUGGUUUUAUUUAUCCUUUUUUCGUAUCGUUAUGUGGUAUUUAUGAUAUAUUGUCUCUUGGUGCGCGGUUUUGUAGGAAAUUAUUUAAAAAAAAUCAGUCACGUGCAAAGACUUGAUUUUCAAUUAAUUAUCGCUACGAUAUUCGUCGUCAUAAAUCGGUUGUAGCUGAUACCAAGAGCUCGCGUUUGUAAUUUAUUAUUAUACGUUACUCGGUUUCCUAGUUCGUAAUUAUUAAACUGUAUAAUGUAUAAGAUUUUCAUUUACUCUUAUCGUAAUUCGCGAAUGAAAUUAAAUCAAUCUUUUGAUAAGUUGUUCUCUUUUGUAAUCGCCGGGAAAAAUGAGACAUAAUAAAAUUUAAAAAUUGCCAAAAAAAAAAGAAAAAAUAAUAAUAAUAAUGAGCAUAAUAUUUCCUUUGAAAAUAUCGAGAAAAUGGUGGAAAAAAAACAACUCUUUUGUUUUGGAAAAACAACGUUCUUUGAUCCGUGUCUCCAAUCAAUUACCCGUGCGAAACUAUCGUAAAUAUUGAAUAUUAUGUAACACUUAAUGUCUAAAAUAUACUGUUGACAUGUAAACAUUAUAGAAAUAUUUUUAUAACAUAAAUAUUUAGCUUUUUAAGAUCUAGCAAAUCAAUAUCGAAGCUAUUAUUACCAAAUAGGCCUUCUUAUUCUUCUACAUGAUUACUACUGCCGUUGUUCGAUUAGCUGUUCAUUAUACAUAUACAUAUGAUAUACGUUCAGUUGACGAAACGAAUAAUAAAUCCUAUCCACAUUUCCUUCUUUCGAUUAUAUCGAUUUAUUUAAGAAAAAUAAUAAAAAUAGUAAUAACAUAUAACGGUUUUUUCAGAUUCGGAAUUUAAAAAUUUUUCACUUGUGGUUGGAUUGUUUUUGCUACUAAAAAUGAUUCACGCAUUCAGUCCCCAGCUAUCUAUACCUAUACAUUAUUGCGUAUAACUACUAUUCUAAUUUAUCAUUAUCAUUGUUAAGAGCGGAGCCCCUUUUGUAUAUAAAUCAAUGUAAAAAUCUUGGCGUUUCAUUAAAAUUUAUUCAUUUUAAA